CGCAAUUCUCUCCUCUCUCUCAAGUAGAUCACCUUCACAGAACGACGAAACCCUAUUUCUUCGACAUGGAAAAGGAAAAUUCAAGCCGUAAACGAAGACAAUCCGGAUCAUCCAAAGACCACCAUCACCACCACGACGAAGAGCGCCGCAGAUCCGACGACCACCAUCGCCGCCGGUCGGAUUCCAAAGCCGAGCGAGAGGGAAGCAGGGAGCGAGACGCGGACGACGAAGAACGCCGCAGAUCCGACGAACGACACCGCCGGCGUUCGGAUUCUAAAGCUGAGAGAGAGGGAAGCAGGGAGAGAGAUGUGCGCCGCGAGCGCGAGAGGUCCCGUUCGGUGGAGAGAAAGAAGAGGAAGGAGAGGGGGGAUAGUGAGGAGAGGAGCGAUAAGAGAACUAGGGUUUACGAGGAAAGCGGAAGGGAGAAGCGUAGAUUUGAGGAUGUUAGGGUUAAGGAGGACGAUAUAGAUGGGAAAGAAACCGACGGUUUCGGAUUUGAGGGUAAGUCUGUGAAGAAUGAUUCAAAUUACGAGUCGCGUGAUGGUGGGAAGCGUGCGGAAACUGGGUUGGUUGCCAAUGGUGCUGCAACUGGACCACCCACUGCACAAUCUAGCAUAUCACCCGAGACAAUGGAAGCCCGUAAUCAUCCUUCUACUACUAAGGUAUCUUCGAUUUCCAAGACAAAUGAAAAUAAGGGAGUUAAUAUUAACAGAAUUCAUGAGGUUCCUGGGAAAUCUAGUACAGAUGGGACAGCUUCAAAUGCCGGCAAGAGUGGGGGUCUCUCCCUUGAUGUUUUAGCAAAGGCUAAGAGAUCUUUACAAAUGCACAAAAAACUUGCGGAAAGGAUGAAGAAUAUUCCCUCAUUGAACAGCGAUGCUAGAUCAACAAGAGAGGGGAGUCCACAGGUAGGUGAUAAAGAGACUGCUAAUGUUUCUUCCUCCAAUAAAGGUAUGCCGCCUAUGCCUGUUCCUCCGGGAUCUGCUCCUGUCAUGGUUCCUGUUUCAGUUGUGCAAAGCACAUCAGCUUUACCUGUUGUCACGCCAACGCCUGACAUUCCCCCACAGAGUGGUUUGCCUCAUCUUCCUGGGCUCACCGCACAAAAAUAUGAAGCUGUAAAACGUGCACAGGAACUAGCUGCAAAGAUGGGAUUUCGACAAGAUCCAGAAUUUGCUCCACUCAUAAAUAUGUUUCCAGGGCAAUUGCCCCCGGAGGUCACCAUUCAGCCCAAGCCUUCGAAAGCACCCGUUCUUCGUCUGGACGCACUAGGCAGGGAAGUAGAUGAGCAUGGCAAUUUGGUUAAUGUUCCGAAAGUUAACAGCUUGAGUACCCUCAAGGUAAACAUCAACAAGCAAAAGAAAGAAGCCUUCCAAAUUCUCAAACCCGAACUUGAAGUGGAUCCGGAUAAAAAUCCUUACUAUGAUCCAAGGAUGGGGAUUGAUAAGGUCAAGCUGUUGAGGCCUAAAAAAAUGACUUUUCAGUUUGUUGACGAAGGCAAGUGGACGAGAGAUGCAGAGAUCAUUAAAUUGAAGUCUCAAUUCGGAGAAGCAAAAGCGAAGGAGCUGAAGGCAAAGCAAGCGCAGUUGGCAAGGGCAAAGGCAGAGCCUGAUAUGAACCCAAAUCUGAUAGAAGUAGGAGAGAGGGUGAUGACUGCCAAAGAAAAACCCAAGGAACCAAUUCCAGAAGUUGAGUGGUGGGACGUGCCUUUUCUGCAAUCUGGUACCUAUGGGGACAUCGUUGAUGAUGGCAUAACAGAAGAAAAAAUCAAGAUGGAGAAGAUGACCAUAUACGUGGAACACCCUCGACCAAUCGAACCCCCUGCUGAACCAGCACCUCCACCACCCCAACCAUUGAAGCUAACCAAGAAAGAGCAGAAGAAACUCCGUACACAGCGCCGAUUAGCCAGGGAGAAAGACAGGCAGGAGAUGAUUAGGCUAGGCGUACUGGAGCCACCAAAGCCCAAAGUCAAAAUGAGCAACCUAAUGAAAGUCCUUGGUGCAGAAGCAACACAAGAUCCCACAAAGAUGGAAAUGGAAAUAAGAAGCGCUGCAGCCGAACGAGAGCAAGCCCACAUCGACAGAAACAUUGCUCGUAAACUCACUCCGGCCGAGCGCCGUGAGAAGAAGGAGAAGAAGCUCUUCGAGGAUGCGAACGCUAAUGUUGAUAGUAUAGUCUCGGUUUACAAGAUUAACAGUCUUUCUCACCCGCAGGCACGGUUUAAGGUUGAUAUCAACGCGCAGGAGAAUAGGCUGACUGGCUGUGCGGUGAUUUUUUCGGAAGGGAUAAGUGUUGUUGUUGUUGAAGGGGGUGCGAAAUCGAUUAAGAGGUAUGGGAAGCUUAUGCUGAGGAGGAUUGAUUGGAGUGCUGCUGUGAAGAAAGACGAGGGUGAUGAAAACGAGGAGGAUGAAGAGAAAGAGAUGAACAAGUGUGUGCUUGUCUGGCAGGGGAGUGUUGCUAAACCUGGGUUUAAUAGGUUUUUUGUGCAUGAGUGCAGGACCGAGGCUGCUGCUCGGAAGUUCUUUGCGGACCAUGGUGUUGCUCAUUAUUGGGAUCUUGCGGUUAAUUUCAACGAGGAUGCGGUUUAAUUUGGUGGGAGUUUGAUUUCAAUAUUCCGUUUGCGUUUUUGGAUGAGUUGUUAGUGCUCUUGAUCUUGGCGUUUACGUUUUUUUUAAUGUUUCUCAAGUGUUGGAUCUCUACUUUUGCUAUGUUUAUGAAUAUAUCUUGACACUGGUUUCAUUAUAUCCUGGAACGAGAUUAUGUUUAUCUUU